GAGUGAACUGGGCUCAGCCCGUCUGACGAGAAUAUUGGGUCAGACGGUCUGACCCAAUACUUUCACUAAAAAAAAUUUAAAAGACUAACAUAAUAUUUUGCGGAGAAAAAGUCAACUUUGUCAAAUUUAGUCUUAUCUAUUGACCAUCAGUUAAAAAUAUGAUAGUUUUUACAAAUCAUAGUGAUACAAAAGAAAUUUGUGAAAAGUAUGUUGAGAUUUGAGAACAAAGUGCUAGCAAGUUGACGUUUUACCAAAACAGUGGGUAGGACUAGAUUCCAAUUGAUACCCAUGCUGCUCCACACAGCUGUAUAUUUAACUUCAUUCCAUUAUGCAGUAGUGGAGUGUAUCUAUAAAUGGUCAACUCCCUUUGGGAACUCUAUUUCAAUUCCGGCUUGACUCUUAAGGACUAAAUAGUACAUCUAUAUGGUUGAAACACGGUUCCACUCAAUAUAAUUCAUGAGUCAAGUUUUGAUUUUAUGAGCAAGAUCAUUUAUAUAUCAGAUUUACUCAUAAAGUGAUGUACUCUCUCAAUAACACAAAAAUGCCAUCCCAAAAUACCAGUUUCCUCACCACUUACAUUCUACUAAUUCUCUGUUUCACAGUAAAUACAGUUGUAUCAGCAGAAACUGACCUGCAGGUUGAAGCAGAAGCGUUGCAGGCGUUCAAGAACUCGAUCACCAACGACCCUCUUCGCUCUCUUGCCGGGUGGAAUAGCAGCAGCCACCACUGCAACUGGACUGGUAUAUCGUGUGACCCAUCCACAAACAAUGUGAUUGCGAUAUCUCUGACUGAAAAGCAGCUCCAGGGAACAAUCUCGAGUUUUCUCGGUAACCUGUCAAAACUUCAGGUUCUUGAUCUAACUACUAAUGCUUUUGUUGGACAAAUUCCUGCUGAACUUGGAAACUGUUCUCAACGUAAACUUACCCUCUUUGAUAAUGCACUCUCUGGCAACAUUCCACCUCAACUAGAAAACCUUCAAAACUUGCAAUCACUAGACUUAGGGAACAACUUCCUCAAUGGAAGUAUUCCUGACAGUAUCACGAAUUGCUUAGCUUUAGGAGCACUUGGAUUAAACAACAAUAAUUUUACUGGUAAAAUUCCGUCGAACAUAGGAAAUCUAGCGUCUCUUCAAGUUUUUAUUGGUUAUACUAACAGCUUUAUAGGUCCCAUACCUGAUUCCGUAGGAAGGUUGACAGUGUUGAGAGUUUUAGACCUGAGUCAAAACCAAUUAUCAGGCAGAAUUCCUUCAGGGAUAGGGAACUUGAAAAAUUUAGAAACACUUCAGCUUUUUGAGAACUUGUUUUAUGGACAAAUCCCACCUGAAAUUGGGCAGUGCAAGAAUCUUACACUUCUCAACAUGUACAGUAACAAUUUUGUAGGAAGAAUCCCUCCUGAGCUUGGAAAUUUAGUUCACCUGCAAAAGUUAAGGUUGUACAAAAAUAAGUUGAAUUCAGAAAUCCCCAAGUCCUUGUUUAACUGCAAGUCAUUAACACAUUUGCAGAUCUCAAAUAAUGAGUUAACUGGAAAGUUACCUUCUGAAAUCGGGUCUUUACUGUCUUUAGAAAUGUUGAUGCUGCACUCCAACAAUUUUAGUGGUUCACUUCCAUCUUCCUUAACCAACCUGAAAAACUUGACGUAUUUCUCUGCAAGUAUCAAUUUCCUAACAGGAGAAAUACCAUCCGAUAUUGGGGAGCUUUAUAACUUGAAGAACCUUACCUUGAAUGGAAACCAACUUAGUGGUCCUGUUCCUUCUAGUAUAACAAAUUGCACACAACUUCUUGCUGUAAGUCUCGGUUUUAAUAGGUUAACCGGUGAGCUCCCAUAUGGUUUAGGGAAAUUAUCUGACAUGACAUUCUUUUCGGUAUCAAACAAUUCUAUGUUUGGUGACAUACCAGAUGAUAUCUUUGACUGCUCUAGUCUUGAAACUCUUGAUUUGGCUGGAAACAACUUCAGUGGUACGCUCCAUCCAAGUAUCGGAAAAUUGAGUAAUCUAACGAGGUUGCAACUACAUGCGAAUUCAUUUACUGGUAAGAUUCCACCAGAAAUUGGUAAUCUUACCAAGUUAUUUACAUUACAGAUUGACAGGAACAGGUUGUCAGGGAAAGUUCCACCUGAACUUUCCAAGCUCACUCUUCUCCAAGCCCUAACCUUGCAUGAUAAUGAACUAGAAGGUGAAAUUCCAGAGGAGUUGUUCCAAUUGAAACAGCUUACUAUAUUAGAGUUGCAGAACAAUCUAUUAAGUGGUCCAGUUUCAGAUUCUCUCUCAAAUCUGGAGCUUCUUUCGACCUUAAACCUGGGUGGAAACAAGUUCCACGGGUCCAUCCCGGUAAGUAUUGCUAAACUUAGCCGCCUUACAAUGUUGGAUCUCUCUGUCAACAAUCUCAGUGGCUCAGUUCCAGGACCAGUUUUUGCAAGCAUGAAAGAAUUGCAAAGUUACCUGAACUUAUCACACAAUUCUCUGUCCGGAACGAUUUCUGAUGAUAUUGGUUCAUUGGAGAUGGUACAGUUCAUUGACAUAUCAAAUAAUAAUUUCUCGGGACCACUUCCAGCAACUCUUAGAGGCUGCAGAAACCUGUUGAGCCUUGAUAUGUCGGUGAAUGAGUUUUCAGGUCCUCUUGUAGAAGACAUAUUCGAUGCGACAAAUCCUCUAGCAAGCAUAAACCUGUCAAGAAACCAGCUGAAGGGCCAUAUUCCAGCAAGUUUGGCAAAGCUGGUGCACCUGAAUUCACUUGACCUUUCACAAAAUCAAUUAAAUGGGGAAAUCCCAGAGAACCUCGGUAACCUGUCAAGCUUAACAUAUUUGAAUGUCUCAUACAAUCAGCUUGCAGGUGCUAUUCCACAAUAUGGUGUAUUCCGCAACUUUCCUGCAUCAAGUUUUGCAGGAAACAAAGGACUUUGUGGAACCAAAUUUCUUGGUUCCUGUACUAAGAAAAGCAUCCUUAGUUCUUUACACAGGAAAAGCCUUUUAAUUCUGAUACCCAUACUGUGUGCAUCAGUUUUAUUAUUUGUUGCAUUACUCGUCCUACUUUACAAACAGCGACAGCACAGUCCGAAGAGAAGUAUUGAAGAAGCUGGGACACCAGAAAUAGAUAAUGCUGCAGCUUUAACAUUGAAGAGAUUUGAUACAAAGAACAUAGAAAUUGCAACUGAUUACUUCAGUGAAAGUCGUGUUCUUGGUACCAGCAAUCUAAGCACUGUCUAUCAGGGCAGAUUAGAAGAUGGACGAACUGUAGCUAUAAAGAAGUUGAAUUUGGUACAAUUUGCAGCAGAAUCUGACAAGUGUUUCUACAGAGAAGCCAAAAUAUUGAGUCAGCUGAGACACCGAAACUUAGUUAAGGUGAUUGGCUACGCUUGGGAGAGUAGAAAGUUGAAAGCACUAGUUCUUGAGUACAUGGAGAACGGGAAUUUAGAGCAGAUCAUCCAUCACCCUUCAGCAGAUCGCUCGAAAUGGACAUUACCGAAGAGAAUUGAAGUUUGUAUCUCGAUAGCUAAAGGAUUAGCUUACUUGCAUUCGGGUUACGACUUUCCCAUAAUUCAUUGUGACUUGAAGCCUUCAAAUAUUCUCUUGGAUGGAGAUUGGGAAGCCCAUGUUAGCGACUUUGGAACUGCUCGGAUGCUGGGUGUUCAUUUGCCGAAUGCUCAUAACAGUACAACAACGUCAUCAUUUAAAGGCACAGUUGGCUAUAUGGCACCAGAGUUUGCAUAUAUGAGGACUCUUACGACCAAAGUAGAUAUAUUCAGCUUUGGAAUCAUAAUCAUCGAGUUCCUCACGAGAAAAAGGCCAACAGGUCUUACAGAAGAGGUCACCCUGCGCCAUUUCAUGGAAAAAGCCAUAGCAGAAGACAAGGCACUUCAUGUUGUCGACCCUGAUCUAACUUCAAGUAUCACAAGAAAUGAAGAAGAAAUUGUCAUUGAAAUUUUCAAGCUAGCAUUGUCCUGCACCUCACCAACUCCUGAAAAUCGACCUGAGAUAAACUCGGUGUUGUCUUAUCUAAUGAAGCUAGAAAAUAACUACAAGAUGCCCAAACCCUGAGAAUUAUUCUUCCAAGUAGUAGAAUGUGGAUGAAGUAGAUGUUUCGCUUUUAUGAGCAGGGGUGAUUCAAUUAUUA